AUGGCGCGACUAUCAGGGCUGCAAAGAGACGUGUUGUCUCUCUAUCGUCAAUGCCUACGCGCGGUGAGGGAGAAGCCUUCGGAUACGCGACCGCAUUUUCGAGAGUUUGCAAGAGCUGAGUUUCACAAAAAUCAGGGUGUUGGGAAGAAAGACUUUGGUACUAUCGAGUACCUUCUGAGACGGGGCCGCAGACAACUCGAAACAUAUCAGGACUCUGGCAUUCGUGACCUCCGCUGA